AAAAGCUAUAAAAUCUAGGCGAUAAAUUCCACCAUCUGCACCAACACAGUCUUGCAAAAGCUAUAAAAUCCAGGCGCUUAAUUCCACCGUCUGCACCAACACAGUCUCACAAAAAGCUAUAAAAUCCAGGCGAUAAAUUCCAACGUCUGCACCAACACAGUCUCGCAAAAAGCUAAAAAAUCCAGGCGAUAAAUUCCACCGUCUACACCAACACAGUCUUGCAAAAGCUAUAAAAUCCAGACGCUUAAUUCCACAGUCUGCACCAACACAGUCUCACAAAAAGCUAUAAAAUCCAGGCGAUAAAUUCCACCAUCUGCACCAACACGGUCUUGCAAAAGUUAUAAAAUCCAGGACUCAGAAGUGUAACUUUCAGUUAAUACAGAUCGAAAACACCAGAUCAACUUCAAAGGGACUCAAAAGUGUGACUUUCAGUUGAUACAGAUCGAAAAUACCAGAUCAAUUUCAAAGGCUACAGUCAUGGAUAAAGUCAAUAGCCAACCCAAAGACAAUACCCAAGACAUGGAUUCAGGUGAAGUAGUUGUCUCCUCCAUUCGAGCUGGGAUGAAGAGAGAGUUUGCAAUGAUGAUGAAGGCGCAAUCAGAAAUAGGUGGGCUUCCAGCAGGCGGAAGGAGAAUGACUAGGUCGCAGAGUACUGCUGGUUCCAGCAAGGGUAACGUGCAAAGUGCUGACAAGGUUAGUAGUAAGGUAAAAGGGUCUGAAUCCAAGAAAACUAAAAAGGAUGGAGGUGAAAAAUUGGGAGUGGAGAAGAGGGAUGCAACAGAAGCCGUGUCUAAUGUAGGAGGUGAUUUGGGAGGUUUGGAGGGUGAUUUAGUUGUUGUAGAGAGGAGGGAAGCACAGAAAGUGGGGGCUGAAAGACCAGUUGGAGAAACAACUGAUUUAAGGAUGAAGAUGUCUAAGAAGGUUGAGUUAAACAGGAUCCCAACAAAGUUAAAGGAUCUUCUGGAGACGGGGUUGCUUGAGGGUUUACAUGUUCGUUACGUUCAUGGCUCCAAGGGGAGGAAGUGGCCAGAAUUUGAGCUUCCGGGAGUUAUUCAGGGAGCUGGAAUACUAUGUUCUUGUGAUGAAUGCAAGGAAAGAAAGAUUGUCACGCCUAAUCAAUUUGAGAUGCACGCGGGUAGUGGAAAUAAGCGUCCACCUGAGUACAUAUUUUUGGACAAUGGAAAGAGUCUCAGGGAUGUGCUGAACGCGUGCAAGGCCAAUCUUUCAGAGUCACUGGAAUCUGUAAUCCUGAACGCCAUUGGUCGUUCAAAUUACACGACUGCUUUCUGCAUCAAUUGCAAAGAGUUGAUUCCUGAAGCCAGUGCUGGAAGAUCAAUGCUCCUCUGUGAUUCAUGUGUGCGGCCAAAGGAGUCUGAUGCCAGUGAUGCUCAGAUCAGUGACACCAGCCGCAGGGAUUUGAGAAUGCAUAAAUCGGUCUUAGCAGAAGACGUGCUUCCUGAGGGUACUGCUUUGUCGUAUGUUAUGCACGGAGAGAAAAAGCUUGAGGGUUACAAGAAAGAUGGGGGUAUCUUUUGCACGUGCUGUAGAGAAGUGGUGAGUCCCUCGCAGUUUGAGGCUCAUGCUGGUUUUGCUUCCCGUCGAAAACCGUACAUGAGUAUAUACACUUCCAACGGAGUGUCUCUGCAUCAGCUAUCCCUCGAGCUAUCCAAAAGCCGUAAAUCAUCUACAGAGGAACAUGAUGAUCUCUGUUCAAUAUGUGAGGAUGGAGGAGAUUUGCUAUGCUGUGAAAACUGUCCACGAGGCUUUCACACUGAAUGUGUCGGUCUCUCAGUUCUUCCCCAAGGGAUAUGGUACUGCAAAUAUUGCCAAAACAUGUUCGAAAAGGAAAAGUUUGCAGUGCCAGAUGCAAAUGCAAUUGCUGCUGGAAGAGUCCCUGGUAUUGACCCUCUAGAAGCAAUAACGCAACGGUGCAUUCGUGUUGUUGGGACAUCUGAACCUGAAAUCGGUGGAUGUGCGAUUUGCAGGGGCCAUGAUUUCUGCAAGUCAGGAUUUACUGCCCGCACAAUUAUUUUAUGUGAUCAGUGCGAGAAAGAAUACCAUGUCGGUUGUCUAAAGGAGCAAAACAUUGAUGAUCUGAAGGAGUUGCCAAAAGGUGAAUGGUUCUGUUGCAGACCGUGCAACAAUAUUAACUCAGCCCUUCAGAAGUUGAUUGGGGAUGGCGAGCAGAGGCUCCCGGAAGCUCUUUCGGAUGUUUUGAAGAUGAAAUGCGAGGGACAAGAUCUGCAAAAGAAUCCGGAGCUUGGAAUAAGAUGGAGGCUGCUCCGUGGGAAAAAGGCCACAGCAGACACCAGGGCAUGGCUUUCUGGUGCUGUCACUAUUUUUCAUGACCGCUUUGAUCCUAUCUCUGAUGCCAGCACGGGCCGUCUUGACCUUAUCCCACAUAUGGUUUAUGGGAGGCACUUCAAAGACCAGGAUUUUUGUGGCAUGUAUUGUGCUGUACUGAUGGUCGACUCGGUGGUGGUAUCUGCUGCAAUUUUUCGAAUUUUUGGAGAGGAAGUUGCAGAGCUGCCCCUAGUCGCGACAAGGAGCGAGUGUCAGGGAAAGGGAUACUUUCAAACACUUUUCUACUGUAUUGAGGGUCUUUUAGCAUCCCUCAAUGUGAAAGAUCUGGUACUUCCUGCUGCUGAUGAAGCAGAAUCAUUGUGGAGAAACAGAUUUGGGUUUGAAAAACUCGGCCAAGAACAGUUGGAUCGAUAUAUGAAGAGCUAUGAAAUGAUGUUAUUUCAAGGAACGAAUGUUCUACAUAAAUCGAUCGCCAAGGCCUGAGACCUCAGCCCUUGUUUAAUGCUGGUGGGCUGCUGUAUGUACAGUAUGAAAACUGCUUCUCCCCUCUCUGCCAUAGCUUGUUACAAUUUUUUGUAGUUGGAUUUGUUGGUCGUAGCGUAGAAUGUGAAAUAUCGAGGAUAGGAGGUAUACAUCCAGGCUUGCAGGUCCAAUGUUUGGUGUAGGAUGAUUCAAAAUGUAAGAAUACCAAGAAAUA